AUGUCGUAUGAAGAGGCCGCAGAGGCUGAAGAGCAAGCCCUACAAGAGCAAGCUGACGACGACGUGUUCGGCACCCCAGGGCGACUCUCGGACGACGUGCGCCAGAUCCUGCGGACAGGGUUUGCCAAGAUGAAUACCAUCGUGGAGCAAGUCAGCAAGGACUCUGGGCUGCCAGCGGCGCGUGUCCAGGCGAUGUUCGGACAACAACACGCCCGCGUGAACACCGCCCGCAACCACUGGAACAUCUACGGCCGCUACUUCAAGAUGAACCAGGCGCAAGAAUGCAAGCGUCUCGGCCUAGAUGCUCCUUUGACAGAUACCGUCGAAAUCCGCUCCAAGACGUACGCGCUAUUCAAAGAAGCGCACGCCGACAUCUGGCGCGACAUCCUCGAGACCUUCGAGGAGGUCGAAGUGUGGGCGGUGAAUCACACUGUCGGCCAGCGCAAGCGCGACUUUGCGAAGGCAGUCGCCAAGAUGAGGCAGCUCUGCGACAACCUCGCGCUGCGAUACGACUUCUCCACAGCAUUCCUGAUGGCAGGCAAUCUCGUCAAUACGGACACGGGCCUGGCGCAGCUCUAUGAGACUGCGACGGCAAAAAAUUUUCUGAGCACCUAUCUGCGGGGCAACGAAGACACAUCCCUCGCACACUUCAAGUCUUAUUUAUAUCAUCAAAUAUCCAUGGGCAUCCUCAACGAGGCGAGCGAGAACGGCGACGAGGACGUGGGUGGACCGAGCAAGCCCAGCGGCCCCGCCAUUGCAGCAUCAUGCCAGCAAGGCGGCGCACCUUCAAAACAACACGCCGGACCAUCCGAGCAGGCCGCUGGACCAUCCAAGGCAUCCACGCAGGUCCCAGGACCAUCGAAGCAGGCUGGCGCGUCCUCCAACGAGGGAACCAUCAAGUCACAAAAGGACUUAGACAGGCGCAAGUUCGGCCUCGAGUUCCUGCACCCGGAUUGGAGGAAGAAGCUCUCGUCGACAGACAAGGCGGGCGUCAUCAGGUUCAAUGUGAGGGAGAUGGAAGUGGCCGCCGGUGGCCCUUGGGAGCGCAAGUAUAACAACCUGUUCCCUUGGAACCACCAUGCCGAGCUCUUGGUUACUCAAGGGCUCGUGUGGAAGAACUACCCUGACGACGUGCGCUGGCCAGGCGAGGAAAAAACCGGUGGCCACAACAAGGCCAAAGGGAUCGUGGAGCUGUCCAUGCCGGAACUCAACCGAAUGAUCGAGGGCCUGGUGGACAGGGACUACCCUUUCGAGUUCGAGAGGGUCGACAAGGAAGCCCUGAAGAAGAACAAGCUGCCGGUCAUCAUCUGCGCACCCCCGGCACACGAUGCCACGUUCAAGCGGGCGCGCCGCUACUUCGCCAACGGGACAAGCGACCGCAAGGGACCCCCGAGGCGUGAGGCGCCUGCCUCGUCAGGAGAGCACGGUGAGAGCUCGUCGCCGGAUACCAAUGAGCUGAGCAAGGACACGGCCUCGGCGGCGUUGUCACCCAUGCAGGCACCUCCGCCCAAGGCCUCUCUAACGAGGUCGAGGGUCGUCGAGGUCGUGAUCCGCAAGUCGAGGACGAGCCAGCCGACCACCGCAUCCAAGUCGAUCGACGUGGACGACAGCGAGGACGACGACGCCCCGGUGAACCCACGAGCGGACAAGCGGAAAGCCAUCAACGUCGAGGACUCUGAGGACUCCGAGGACGAGGACGCCUACCAGCCUUCGGAGGGGACCCCCACCCCGGUGAAGCCACGAGGGGCCAAGCGGAAGGUGCUCCGCAACGGGUCCAACACCGAGGACGAGCCCGAGGACGGCACCAAGAAGGAGCCAAGCAAGGGCAAGGGUCCCAGCAAAGGCAAGGCCCCUGCACGGAGCACCAAGCGGAGCAAGGCGAGCGCGGGCGGGAGCGAUGUCGAGCAGCAGUUGUCCCCUCGCAUGCCCGAAAAGCCCAGGGCACAGACAGCCAAACGCCCCGCACCACGCCCGGUGCAUGCAGGGGCCCGAACGCGCGGCGGGGCUAUGGAUACCACCACAAAUGAGCAGUGCGACGCGUCCACAGAAGCUCCCGCCCAGCGUCAGCGCCCCGCCCGGAAUCUGCAUGAGGACGAAAGCUUGCCAGAGCACGCGCCCCCCAAGCGCCGCCAUCACCCUGCCACCACAGAAGGCGCCCCCACGGAGGGCACCCACGACCAAGAGCAUCACCAGGAGGCUCCCGCCCAGCGUGACAAGGACACCCCGGCCGAGCUCCACCACCCACAGGAGGGACGCAGCAAGCGUGCGCACGCGCCAGCGCCAUCCAGCGGCACAGCUGCCCUCCCGCCCUCCCUCCUGCACCAGCGGCUGGCAGUCUACGACGAUGAGGACGGCAACAGCACAAGCACCGCCGGGGCUAGCGGCAUGCUAGGCCAUUGGAUGUUCCCUCCACCGGCGCCCUUCGCACACGCGCACAACGCGCCACCGGGAUAUGCACCACCGGGAUACGCGCCACCGGGAUACGCGCCACCGGGAUACGCGCCGCGCCCGCGGCCAACCCUCCCGCAUGCCCCCCGGUACGCACCGCGCGGCUGGCCAGUUGACAGCCAGACUCUGGACAGCUACGAGGUGAUGGACCCGCGGGAUGCAGGACACUAUUACCGCCCACUGCCCCCUCAGUUCCGCGCGCCCGAAUUCCGCGCGCCCGGCCUCAUGACGCCCGACGGCACCUACAUCCCGUCAGGGAGGGUCCACCCACAUUUCUACGAGGAUUUCGGCCAGGCAGCUGUAUUCGCCGACGUGCCUCAAGGCAUGCCAUACGCCGGCUUCGAGGCGGCUACCCCGCCUGCUCGUAGGAUGCCUGGGACAGCCGGCGCGCAGACAGCCGGCGCGCAGACAGCCGGCGCGCAGACAGCCGGCGCGCAGACAGCCGGCGCGCAGACAGCCGGCGCGCAGACAGCCGGCGUGCAGAGCCACGACGAAGGCGAGCAACAAGGCGACGCCGGGCCCUCCAUGCAGGCUUGA